AAAACAUAAAAAUGACUGGAUCGCUGGCCUUAGUGUUGGUUAUACUUAUUGGUUUCUCGAAUGCAAAGAAGGUCAAGGACAACGAUGAUAAGCUUAUUGCAGUUGCCUUGAUGUUUAGACAUGGCGACAGAACAAUUAUAACCACAUAUCCAAAUGAUCCUUAUAAGGAUUUAAAAUACUGGCCUGAAGGAUUUGGACAGUUAACAAAUAGGGGUGUUGAACGAAUUAAAACUUUCGGGAAAUGGUUUAAACGAAAGUAUGAGGAAAUUUUGCCAACAAAUUUCGGCGAAAUGUAUUUUCAAAGCACAAAUAGCGAUAGAACCAGAAAUUCAUCGAAAUAUUUUAUAUCGGAACUUUACGACGAUGAAAAAUGGCAGAACGUUAUUAAAGUUCUGCCAUGGCAGGAAAAUUACUACCUAAAAUGGAACAAAACUUGUAAUAAAUACAUCGAAGCUAAAACAAGGUACAUUAAAUACUUGAUAAACAAUCUUCCUGAGGAUUUUGAUGGUAUAUUUGACUAUUGCACAGAAAAAACUGGGAAGAAAGCCGUCGAUUUGUUAUAUUUUGAAAAUCUGCAUGGUGUUUUGGAAAAUGAAGAAGAGGAACGAAAUUUAACCCUUCCAGAUUGGACCGGGAAAAUCUAUCCAAAUAAAACUCAAUACCUAUCAUUUUUAAGCUUCUCUAGCCAUUCAGGGCUACCAAUAUUAGCGAAAUUAGCCAACGGGCCUCUAUUCGACCUAAUAAUCAACAAUUUUGAAAACAAUACCUACAAAUUAAUGGCUUUUGCCUGCCAUGACACGCAAAUUUCGAACAUACUUAAAACAUUCAAUAGUUUUCAUGACAUUCCUAAGUAUGCUGCCAGUAUAAUAUUUGAACUACAUCAAACAAAAUCAAUGGGGAAGUAUAUCAACAUUCUAUACAAAGAGGAUGAUAAUAUAAGACCGAUAAUUUUGGAAAAUUGCACCAAAAAUUGCGAUUUAAAACAAUUUAAAGAAGUAUUAAAACCUUUCACACUAACUCCUGAACAAUGGAAUCAGGAAUGCACAAACUAGAUCGUAUUAGGGGUCGUUUACAUAUUACAAAGUAAAAAAUAUUUGUUAUUUUUAACCAAAUAGUAAUUUGUAAUUAUAACAAACAUUUUGUAGAUUUAAUAACAAAAUCCUUUGUCAAUAACUCAACCAUAACUCUUUUUGUAGACCCAGUAACAAAAGUAUGUUGUCUAGGUUAAGUGGAAGCACAACAGCCCUUUGGCA